GUCACUCUGUCGCCCCCUGUCUGUCACUGCAGGUAUGACCGGCUGGAGGCUUUGCGUCACGCGCGAAGGUGACGGUUGAGGAGGCAGGGAGUCGCGCGCUGACAGCGCUCUGCACACCGCAGCUCGAGCCGUUACAGCACCGAGUCACGCGCUCCGGUAUGGCGGCGCUGCACUAACGGACACGCGCACAGACACGCAGACGCACCGCGCGCUACACCGCCGCCGCCCCGGGGCUCCGCGCGACACCACCGGAAACCGAGAUUUAUUUCAGCGGAGAGAGAGAGAGCGAGCGCGCGCGCGCGUGUGUGUGUGUGUGUGUGCCGCUGCGGCGGGGAGAGAGAGAGAGAGAGAGAGAGUGUGUGUGUGUGUGUGUUAGAGAGAGAGAUUAAACACAAUGGCGGACCGGGAUGCUGUGCCGCUUCCCCUGGAGGUGAGGGCGAGACUGGCGGAGCUGGAGCUCGAGCUGUCCGAGGGUGACAUCACACAGAAAGGUUAUGAGAAGAAGAGAGCGAAACUCAUCGGCGCUUAUCUUCCACAGCCUCCAGGGCUGGACGUGUCGAUGGGACACGAGCGCCGCCCCCCCAUGGUUCCCUCCUCUGCCUCCCGUUACCACCGCAGGCGUUCCUCGGGUACCCGGGACGAGCGCUACAGAUCAGAUGUUCACACUGAAGCAGUUCAGGCUGCUCUCGCUAAACACAAGGAGAGGAAGGUGGCCGUGCCGAUGCCAUCAAAACGCCGCUCGUUAGUGGUACAGACCUCCAUGGACGCCUACACACCUCCAGGCCUCUCCCCGCUCUCGUCUCUGCCCCCGCUGACAGACACCUCGUCGGGCUCGGAGGAGGAGGGGCUUCAUGGCAAAGGCACGCCCACCUCCAGCCAGGGCAGCGCCAGCAUGGAGCACUGGAUCAGCCGUGCCAUCCACCACGGCUCCACGACCUCGUCCUCAUCCUCGUCCACGCAGAGCGGAGGGAGCGGCGCCGCCAGCCGUCUCGCAGAUGUCCUCGCCCAGACGCACGUGGGCAAACCAGGGCCGAUCGCACACCUCUCUCUGAAGAGGAAAACCAUGCUCGGUGUAGCUGAGAACGGAAACUCGCUGCGUCGCUCCUGUGAGUUCGGGUCAGAUCUCCUCUGGCCGCCGCCCCUCGAGUCAGAUGAGAACCACUCAGCUCCUCCAGAUGUCACCACCUACACCUCAGAGCUCCCAGCGCAGGUGGAGAGACCGCAGGUGUCCACUGUCCCUCGCACCUCCCAGAAGUACGGCAACGCCGAGCUCAUGGAGACUGGAGACGGGGUCCCAGUCAGCAGUCGAGUCUCUGCUAAGAUCCAGCAGCUGGUAAACACUCUGAAGCAGCCGAGACGGCCUCCACUGCGCGAGUUCUUCGUUGAUGAUUUUGAGGAGCUUCUCGAGGUCCAGCAGCCCGACCCGAACCAGCCCCGGCCCGAGGGAGCGCAGAUGAUGACCAUGAGAGGAGAGCAGCUUGGAGUGGUGACCAACUGGCCUCCAUCACUGGAGGCGGCGCUGCAGAGAUGGGGAACCAUCUCCCCUAAAGCGCCCUGUCUCACCACCAUGGACACCAACGGCAAGCCCCUCUACGUCCUCACCUACGGGAAAUUGUGGUCACGCAGCAUCAAAGUUGCCUACAACAUCCUGCACAAACUGGGGACCAAACAGGAGCCCAUGGUGCGACCGGGGGACCGGGUAGCUCUGGUGUUCCCAAAUAACGACCCCGCUGCAUUUAUGGUGGCGUUUUACGGCUGUCUGUUGGCCGAGGUCGUCCCGGUGCCUAUAGAGGUGCCUCUGACCCGUAAGGACGCAGGCAGUCAGCAGAUCGGCUUCCUGCUCGGGAGUUGCGGCGUUACUGUGGCUCUGACCAGCGACGCCUGCCACAAGGGGCUCCCUAAAGGCCCAACCGGGGAAAUCCCACAGUUCAAAGGUUGGCCGAAGCUGCUGUGGUUCGUCACAGAGUCUAAACACCUCUCCAAGCCUCCUCGUGAUUGGUUCCCGCAUAUUAAAGACGCCAACAAUGACACAGCCUACAUCGAGUAUAAGACCUGUAAGGAUGGCAGUGUACUGGGUGUUACAGUGAUGAGGAUCGCUCUGCUCACACACUGCCAGGCUCUCACACAGUCCUGCAGAUACACGGAGGCGGAGACCAUAGUGAAUGUGUUAGACUUUAAGAAGGAUGUGGGUCUGUGGCACGGCAUUCUGACGAGUGUGAUGAACAUGAUGCAUGUGAUCAGUAUCCCGUACUCUCUGAUGAAGGUCAAUCCAUUGUCCUGGAUCCAGAAAGUGUGUCAGUAUAAAGCUAAGGUGGCGUGUGUGAAGAGCAGGGACAUGCACUGGGCUCUGGUGGCUCACCGAGAUCAGAGGGACAUCAACCUGAGUUCACUGCGCAUGCUGGUGGUGGCUGAUGGAUCAAACCCCUGGUCGAUCUCGUCAUGUGACGCGUUCCUGAACGUGUUCCAGAGUAAGGGUCUGAGGCCGGAGGUCAUCUGUCCGUGUGCUAGCUCUCCUGAAGCUCUCACUGUCGCCAUCAGGAGACCAACAGAUGACAGCAGUCAGCCUCCGGGUCGAGGUGUUUUGUCGAUGCAGGGUCUGAGUUAUGGAGUCAUUAGAGUGGACACGGAGGAGCGUCUCGCCGUUCUCACAGUCCAGGAUGUGGGCACGGUCAUGCCUGGAGCACUAAUGUGUGUGGUGAAACCAGAAGGCGUUCCACAGUUGUGUCGAACAGAUGAGAUCGGAGAGCUGUGUGUCUGCUCCAUCGCCACGGGAACGUCGUACUACGGCCUGUCGGGGAUGACCAAGAACACCUUCGAGGUCUUCCCCAUGACGGGCUCGGGCGCUUUGAUUAGCGAGUACCCGUUCACGCGCACCGGCCUGCUGGGCUUCGUGGGUCCCGGCGGUCUCGUGUUCAUCGCGGGGAAGAUGGACGGCCUGAUGGUGGUCAGUGGGCGGAGACACAACGCUGAUGACAUCGUGGCCACGGCACUCGCUGUAGAGCCCAUGAAGUUUGUGUACAGAGGAAGGAUAGCGGUGUUCUCUGUGACGGUUCUCCAUGACGAGCGGAUCGUGGUGGUGGCGGAACAGAGACCCGACUCCACAGAGGAGGACAGCUUCCAGUGGAUGAGUCGCGUGCUGCAGGCCAUAGACAGUAUCCACAACGUGGGUGUGUUCUGUUUGGCGCUGGUUCCGGCCAACACACUGCCCAAGACGCCGCUGGGGGGGAUCCACCUGUCUGAGACCAAGCAGCUGUUUCUAGAAGGUUCUCUGCAUCCCUGCAACGUUCUCAUGUGUCCUCACACCUGCGUCACCAACCUGCCCAAACCCCGCCAGAAACAACCAGAGAUCGGACCGGCGUCGGUGAUGGUGGGGAAUCUGGUGUCAGGGAAGAGAAUCGCGCAGGCCAGUGGGAGAGACCUGGGACAGAUCGAAGACAAUGAUCAGGCAAGAAAGUUCCUGUUCUUAUCUGAAGUGUUGCAGUGGCGAGCACAGACCACCCCGGACCACAUACUCUUCACCCUGCUCAGCUCUCGGGGGGCGGUCCUGAGCUCACUGACCUGCGUUCAGCUCCAUAAGCGUGCAGAGAAGAUCGCGGCGAUGCUGAUGGAGCGAGGACACCUGCAGGACGGAGAUCAUGUGGCGCUGGUGUACCCGCCUGGUAUCGACCUCAUCGCGGCGUUUUACGGGUGUCUGUACGCGGGCUGUGUGCCCAUCACCGUGCGCCCGCCGCACCCUCAGAACAUCGCCACCACGCUGCCCACCGUCAAGAUGAUCGUGGAGGUGAGCCGCUCAGCCUGUGUCAUGACUACACAGAUGAUAAGUAAACUGCUGAAGUCCAAGGAAGCGUCUGCCGCAGUGGAUGUCAGGGCGUGGCCCGUGGUCCUGGACACAGACGAUCUGCCAAAGAAAAAGCCUCCUCAGCUGUACAAGCCCUCGAACCCGGACACGCUGGCGUACCUGGACUUCAGUGUGUCCACCACAGGGAUGCUCGCAGGGGUAAAGAUGUCUCACUCUGCCACCAGUGCCUUCUGCCGCUCAAUCAAGCUCCAGUGUGAGCUGUACCCGUCUCGCGAAGUGGCCAUCUGCCUCGACCCGUACUGCGGCCUGGGCUUCGUCCUCUGGUGCCUCUGCAGUGUGUACUCAGGGCACCAGUCCAUCUUGAUCCCUCCGUCGGAGUUGGAAGUCAAUCCCGCGCUCUGGCUGCUAGCCGUCAGUCAGUUCCGCGUCAGAGACACGUUCUGCUCUUACUCCGUCAUGGAGCUGUGCACGAAGGGCCUGGGCCUGCAGACCGAGUCGCUCAAGUCCCGUGGUUUAGACCUGUCCCGUGUGAGGACGUGUGUGGUGGUGGCGGAGGAGAGACCGCGCAUCGCUCUCACUCAGUCUUUCUCCAAACUGUUUAAAGAUCUCGGACUUCACCCGCGCGCCGUCAGCACAUCCUUCGGCUGCAGAGUCAACCUCGCAAUCUGCCUGCAGGGCACUUCUGGACCAGACCCAACAACUGUGUAUGUGGACAUGAGAGCGCUCAGACAUGACAGAGUGCGUCUGGUCGAGCGAGGAUCUCCACACAGUCUCCCGCUCAUGGAGUCUGGAAAGAUUUUACCGGGAGUUCGCAUCAUCAUCGCUAAUCCUGAGACCAAGGGUCCUUUAGGAGAUUCUCAUCUUGGAGAGAUUUGGGUGCACAGCAGUCACAACGGGAGCGGCUACUUCACAGUGUACGGAGACGAGACCCUCCAGUCUGAUCACUUCAACUCUCGUCUGAGCUUCGGAGACACGCAGACCGUCUGGGCGAGAACCGGAUACUUGGGGUUCCUGAGACGCACCGAGCUCACAGACGCCAGCGGAGAGAGACACGAUGCCCUGUACGUGGUUGGAGCUCUGGAUGAGGCGAUGGAGCUCAGAGGGAUGAGGUACCACCCCAUCGACAUCGAGACCUCCGUCAUCCGCGCACACAAGAGCAUCAUGGAGUGUGCCGUGUUCCCAUGGACUAACCUGUUGGUGGUGGUGGUGGAGCUCGAGGGCUCGGAGCAGGAGGCGUUGGACCUGGUGCCGCUGGUGACGAACGCGGUGCUGGAGGAGCAUUACCUGAUUGUGGGCGUGGUCGUGGUGGUGGACAUCGGUGUCAUCCCCAUCAACUCCCGUGGAGAGAAACAGCGGAUGCACCUGCGCGACGGCUUCCUGGCCGAUCAGCUCGACCCCAUUUACGUGGCCUACAACAUGUAGCUACGUCCGCGUAAAGCCGUGUGUCUGCUAACGAGUGGGCGGAGCUCCAGCACCAACAGUAACAUCACACUGACAAUGAGAGAUGCAGGACCACAGACAGAGGGCGGGGUCAGAGGAGGCGGGGUCAGAGGAGGCGGGGUCAGAGUGCGGGCGGUUUCCCCGGGGUCGUGUUUCUCUGCAGCUUUCGCUUAAAAUUCGCUUCCCACUAAAAAAGUGUCCCAGUUCGUUUUCUUCACACGAAGCCAAACCGAGUCGAGCUGACGUUCCUCAAACUGUGGAUUUUAUGUUGACCGUGAGUUUGGAGUGUAUACACACACACACACACACACACACACAUACACACAUUUCAUUUCAUUUGAGGUACAAAGCUAGUUUAUGUACAAACAAUGUGCUUUUUUUUUUUUUUUUUUUUUUUAUCUUUGUAAAUGUCCCACAGCGGGAUGCGAAAAAAAUCCAGUGGUUUCAUUUCGGUGUAAAAAGCAAAAGUCCGCUGUGUAAUUAUGUACAGAAAAUAGCGCUUAUUUAUUUUGUUCUUUUUAGAAGUGAGAAGACAUUUGAGAAUGUUUUCCUCAUUAAAUAACACUGCUAAUAUAAAAAAAAACACAAAGCGUGUAUAAUCUUGAGUCACAUCAAGAAGAUGUACAAAUAUAAAUAUAUACAAAUAUAUACAGAUCUAUAAAUAAAUAUCAAAUAUAUAUUAAAAUACAAUCUAGGAAUCACCAAUGAAACCUUUCUGAUGCAGUACUUCCCGUUUGCAUGGUAUCUGUUGUACACACACACACACACACACACACAGGUACUGAGUUUAAGAUUCCAGACACGAGAAUAAAACUCACUUUAACGUGAAGCAACGAAUUUAUGAUUUUAUUAUUAAAAUAAAAGCAUCACUGCGACCACACACACACACACACACACUUUUGUUCUGAUUCAGUAUUUUAAAUACUUGUUUGUGUUUAAGUUGCCAGUUUUAGCUUUAAUUUCUGUAAUGUUGUUUAUUUAUUUAUUAACAGAUCUGUACAGAAGCAGUGAGUUUCAGUUCAAUGGCUGUGUCAAGUUCAUCACACACACACACACACACACACACCAAAGCCUGAGGACUUUCUGGCUGCUCCGAGUUAUUUUUAAACAAUCAGAGCUUCACGUCCGGGUCAUGAAUCUACGCAGACGAGGAGCUUCAAUAAUAAAUAAUAAUAUAAACAAUAAUAAAUUAAUAAAUAAAACAUGAGCAAUGAACAGGAAAUGGGGAGGAACUUUUAAAGCUUAAACGAGCAAAAUGUUACAUCAGCUGAUAAAACACUCACAUCUAAUCCGCACAUUAUUGUUCUUUUAUCAUUAUGAUUAUUUUUUUAAUAAGCAUAAUUAAAGUUUGUACUGUGUGGGAACCAAGUUUACACUCCAGCAUCGAGUGACAAUGGAAUUUUUUUUUUUAUUAUUAUUUUUUAAAAUGAUGUCUUAUCCUUGAAGUCGAUCCGUGUUGUCAAUCCCAUGAGAAAGCAGAUGUGCACUUCAUCGCUCCAGCUGUGACAUUAAACCUCCCUCCUUUGUUGAAAUCUAGAUUUACGUGAGCGAGUCUGCAUGGUGUGUGUGUACAUAUUGUUGGUUACCAAAAGAAAAGAAAAAAAAACACACAAAAUGACAAAAAAAAUAAUUUUUGUAUGGUGCAGGUGUGUUUAAAAUUGUUUUGUACACAUAAUUAAAAGUAUUAAAUGACACUUUUAUAGACGCCUGCUUUGGCCGAACUUCACAAGAUUAUGGUGCAAUAAAGUGCUUUAAUUGGUA